UGUAGGAGAAAUUGUAUUCUGAAACUGUCAAAUUUUUAAAUCGAUUAUUAAUUAAAUUUGGUUAUAUUUUUAUUAGUAAUUAUACAAGGCAAGCAAGGAAGCAAGAAAGAAAGAAAGCAAGGAAGCAAGUUGCUAGCUUUUAAAUAUCUUAGUAAGUAAUAAUUUUUUUUUUUUUGAACAAUUGAAGGUGAGUAGAUAGGCUAUAGGCAUACCAAAACAUAGGCAUACUAAAACACCCCCUCUCCUCCCAAAGUGUUUUGGUACCCGAUGGAAGAGUGGGAAUGGUUCUCCCUCUUUUCCGCAUACUAAAACACUCCCUCUCCUUUCAAAGUGUUUUGGUACCCGAUGAACGAGUGGGAAUGGUUCUCCCUCUUUCCCCAUACCAGAAAACUCCCUUUCCUCUCAAGAGUGGGAUGGAUCUCCCUCUCUCCCGCACACGAAAACACUUCCACUCUAAGUGAUUUGCUAACCGAUGAAAAAGUGUACUCCCUCUCUCAAAUAUGUUUUUGGAAUGCCUAUAGCGUUCUCUAAUUUUCUGUUUCACGGAUUAGAAAUCAAUCCUUAUUGACGCGUGUAAGGCAUCCUCGAACCGAUGCCAAUUUCGGGAUUAGCUUUUGAGGAAAAUGUGGGCGUGUACCGUAGAAAAAGAUAAUCCUUUGAGGUGUUUGCUUUCUUACACACCUGUUUCACGGAUUAGAAAUCAAUCCUUACUGACGCGUGUAAGGCAUCCUCGAACCGAUGCCGAUUUCGGGAUUAGCUUUUGAGGAAAAUGUGGGCGUGUACCGUAGAAAAAGAUAAUCCUUUGAGGUGAUUGCUUUCUUACACACCUGUUUCACGGAUUAGAAAUCAAUCCUUAUUGACGCGUGUAAGGCAUCCUCGAACCGAUGCCAAUUUCGGGAUUAGCUUUUGAGGAAAAUGUGGGUGUGUACCGGGUGCGCACACCGACAUCCUUUGCUCAGGUGGUUGACAAUGCAGCAUGGUAUACUGAUCGAUGCCCUUUAGAUUUAGAAUAAGCGUUACACCUUUCAUACGAAUGCUGCGUAUUGCUUUGGAGAAAAAAUGUGGGCGUGUGGAGGUUGAUGCGCACGCUAAGGACCCCGCUCAGGUGGUAGACAAUGAAGCAUUGUAUAGUGAUCAGUUACACCUCUCAUGCGAAAGCUUCUUAUUGCUUUUGAGAAAAAUGCAGGCGUGUGCAGGUCGAAUAAGAAAUUAAUCCUUAUUGCUGUGUAAGGCAUCCUCAGACCGUUGCCAAUUUUUGGAAUGAGCGAUAUGUUUCUCUUGAAAACGUGGGUGUGUGCAGGUUGGUGAAGUGAUGAACCCUCAAAGUUGUUUUCCACGUUAGAGAUAAUUUUCGCACACACUUGAAACUGACGAUUCUUGAAGAGAUAAUCUUACGCUCAAUCUCUCUCUCUCCCUCCAAGAAAGCGUAGGUGUGCACUCGAGUGAUUGAGGGAUGGUCAAAUUUUGUUGAGAGGGAGGAGAUUUUGAAAAUUCCGGUGGGAAGUGUCUAAGGGAGGUUCUAUGAGAAGAAAGUGGAAAUUUUUCGGCAAUUCGAAGGACUUUUGGCAAUUGAAGUGGAAAGGGAAGCUUCGCUGUCCACCGUAUUUAAGGACCCGGUGCAUGCUUCGUCAGUCAAUUCACUCCUCGUUUCCAAGUUCAUUCGGCAAAAUAGUGAAAAGUGUUCUCCCGCCUUCGAGUAUAACCCCUCAAGAUACACCGAAGUCAGGUUUUUUCUUGCAAGCUGACAAGAAAAUGUCACCGAAGAAGCUAAAUUCAUCAAUGCAGCCUUCUCGAAGCCGACGGAGUCUGCAGGUCGCCCAGGAGCGUAUACGUUGGCUGGUCGCCAACGCACCAACUCUCCUAACAAUGCUCGACUACGUCUCCUGGGCAAUGGACGUGGUCGAAACACUGCCACAACCACCAAAUGCUGCUUUGCAGCAAUUAGCACCGCGACGAUCUCCGACGGCUGACCUGCCACGACGAUCUCCGGCGGCUAACCUGCCACGACGAUCCCCGGUGGCUAACCUGCCACGACGAUCCCCGGUGGCUGACCUGCCACAACGAUCUCCGGUGGCUGACCAGCCACGGCGAUCCCCAAUGGCUGAGCAGCCUCAGAGAUCUUCGACGGCUGAGCAUCCUCGACGAUCCUCGGCGGCUGACCCGGCGCAGCGAUCUCCGACGGCUGACCCGCCACGGCGAUCCCCAAUGGCUGAGCAGCCUCAGAGAUCUUCGACGGCUGAGCAUCCUCGACGAUCCUCGGCGGCUAAUCCGGCGCAGCGAUCCCCAAUGGCUGAGCAGCCUCGGCGAUCUUUGACGGCUGAGCAGCCUCGACAAUCUUCGGUGACCCGAAGAAGACGGUCUCGGUCGAGCUCAAGUUCUAGCUCGAGUUCGAGCUCUAGUUUGAGCUCUAGUUCGAGCUCCAGCUCUAGCGGAACAUGUACAUCUGUUAAAAGUAUACGCGAUCUCAAGCCGAUUCCUAAGAUCGCGUCCUCGAAUAUGAAGAGAAAAGUAAAUGAUCAAAAAGGCAACGAGCAGAAGAAGAAAAAGGUAGGAAAGAGAGAGACGUCACCAAAACCAGGAACAUCUACAAUGACUUCAGAGGUUACGAGACCAGUACCGAGACGUGGUAUUUUGCAAUUAAAAAGGACUGAUAGUAAACAGCAGCAGCAACACCAGCAACAGCAGCAGCAACAACAGCAGCAGCAACACCAGCAACAGCAGCAGCCACAGCAACACCAGCAACAGCAGCAGCAACAACAGCACAUUAUGGACGGCACAUGCUGGUUUUCUUCUAAUAGAAAGUUGAUGGUGCAAGCAAAAGUAAUUUUUAUUACUUUUUAUGUUCUCCAGUGGAGGGCAUCCGAGAUCUUCGACAUGGGAUAUUAG